UAUGGUAUUACUAUUUACUGUCUUGAUUCAAUUUGUCAAAAUCAGUUUGGACACGCCCCUCGACCAAUGAGAUCGCUCUUCCCGCCUCCAUCCGGAUCCUUUGGGAAUCCGCUUCCUUGUUUUGGGAUGGGAACACACUCACACACUCUCUCACGGCUGGUCAGAGAGCAGAGAGAGAGCUUCUCACUGAGGAGCUGGCAGAGUGUGUGUGCGGAUCUCAGCCUCUGGUUCUCGGAAACUCCACAAUAACUUCCCUCUGACUCCUCUGAGGAAACGUUGGACUCUCCGGACUGUUUUCAUCUUGACUCUUCUGGACUGCACCGGGCUUCUCUCACAGGCUCUGGUGUUUUCCUGGUGAUGACCUCACUGCUGUUUCCUGCCCACGCUGCGAUGAAGGACCUCUCCUCUUCCUCCUCUCCUCUCAGCACCCUGCUCCACUACCCGAACUCCAAGUCCUCCGUGGCACCGUUCUCUCCAUCUUCCGGUACCGCAUCAUCGCCAACGUUAUCCUCCACUCCCAUCUCCAAACCUCAGCCGUUCUGCCUCCAGACGGGACCUCACCUCAUCGCUAGCAUGCAGCUUCAGAAACUCAACUCUCACUACCAGAACCUCGCCGGUGCUUCUGCGGGACACCAAGCACCUGGAGGAGCUCAAAGGGGAUUCGGUGCCUCGCCUCUGGGCACGGGAAACCAGAUUCUGGGCCCCUCUGGAGGUCUGGGUGGAGGUGGGAUGGGCGUUGGUAUGAACAUGGGGAACCAAAGCACCAGCACGGGUGCAUUAAUCGAUUUUGACCCCGUGGACGAGGAGGUUCUCAUGUCACUGGUCGUUGAGCUCGGUUUGGAUCGAGCCAACGAGCUGCCUGAACUCUGGCUCGGUCAGAACGAGUUCGAUUUCAUGUCAGACGUACCGGCCGGAUGCUGACGAGGAGAGAAAAGACUUUCGAGACGCAAAGAGACAAAGAGAGAGAAGACCUUGCUCUGUUUUGUUGGUCCCUUUCUUUUCCUGGGUCCAUACAAGUGAAGAGACGCUGAGUUACAAAGAGAAAGACAUCCCUUUCCUUUUUUGUGUUUAUACUCCUUAUGCAGACGGAUAAAAGAAGACGGCUUUUGUUUUGUUGUUUUUUAAAGCAGGAAGAGGGAAAACUGUUCUUCUCUUGGAUCAAACUGAUGGUAGAAAAACCAACCUGACGGGAUUAAGAAGUCUUUUGUUGCCUCGUUGCACUCUGAUUGUUGCCUUUUCAUUUCAAGAAAAACUCCAAAGCAUGAGCGAGGACUAAUUCUGUCGGCUUAAUGAAAAACAAGCUGGUUGAAGACGUUUGGCGCUCUCUGGAAACACCACGUAAAGAAGACGCACCUGUUGGACUCGAACAGUGCUGUAUUCUCUUAAAAAAAACAUGACAUUAUGGGAGAUUGGUGAAGCAUGACAAACACUACGGUUCCUGUUUUCUUGAAGGACAAUAUUAGACUCACGGGAAAGAGAGUCCCGUCUCGCCCACACAAAGACCACAAAGACAGCGAUUGUCUGAGAACUGGUUAUCUCAAUGUUCUUUCGUUCCUU